GGAAGGCGCUAUAACGCAGCUUAAUUGCGCAAGAGCUGAGUAUGACGGUCACAGAGUCUUCCUUGCUUUCUAAUUUUCUCCUACCGCCUGCACCUCUAUCUGUGUCGCUGUCCUUGCAGCGCUUCACAGAACUCUUUCCCAAGUCGCGCCAGGAUGACCCUGCCAUACAGGCUUUAUAUCGCGAACUACAGAAGCAGCGCGCUCAGGAUAUUGAACGGGUGAAGCAAAAUAUAUCCGUUGAGGUUAAGCAUGGAGAAUCCCAACAGCGACAUAUAAAACGCAUCCGUCAAGCAAGGUUAAAACAGGCAGUUGGGGACGAUGCUGUCGAACUGGCUAUGGAGGCAAAGCUUUUUCCUGAGUAUGCCAACGAGCAGUUACGUGAGCCGUUUACAGUCGACUCUGCAGUAGCGGAGAUGCAUCUCGCGGGCAAGGAUCUUACCGAGGAGAUUGUGGACUUGGAAAACGAGAUAAAGGCAACACUGGCCAGUCUUCAGACAACCGUUGGCAACUUAAGCGACCUACGAUAUGGACGCUUCAGCAAAACACCGGGCUCCAGCGACCAAGAUCUGAGCACUGAGGUUGCUGAAGGCUUGAGACGCAUUCAGCAGCUUUGCGCCGAUCCAAGCACGGAAUAAGCAACAGAAAACACGAAGCUAAACUCAUGGUCAUAUUCAAAAUUAUUACGAGACAAACAUUCUCUUGGAGCAAUCCAUUUACACCAAUCGCUCAAGACAGAUGUGCAACAAGAGAUAUUGUGCAACUCCUGAUGAGGAGAACAGCGUUCAUGUUCGAAGUAACCUUCCGAGCUCAGUCCGAAACUUUUCCAUCUCCUUCUCUUUAUCUGCGGACGCGUAUCGGAAGUUGUUCUCGUCGAUCUCAAUGACGUUAACGGCGGCAGUCAUGUCUCUCUUGGCUGUUCCAUAUGCUUGCAAGAAAGGAUAGCAGUCUCUAAAGAUUUUCCGCGCCACGCGGUGUGCGAUUUCUUGUUUCUUUCCAGUUCCCCAGCUAUACGAGGAGAAAUAACCUACGGAGCAGGAGAUGUUUAGGCGUCUGAGGUCGGUGGCUGGCGCCAGCAUUGCGAUGGCGGGAAAAUUGAUGGAUUUGUGGGCACGACCUCCACACCAUUCGAUGAUGGUUAGGUCCCGAAGCAUUCGGACAUGAGUUGGACCGAUUUGUAAGAGGAAUGCCAUUAGUGCGUAGUUGUCGGCAAUGACUAUGCGCUGGCCGUACAGAAAUGAGCCAGCUUCGUCAUGGAUGGUUUUGGACACGGCGAGAAGGUUCGGCACAAGCGCUCUUCGAUCGCUGGGGUCUUCGUUUUUGUUUUCGCCAUCUUGUCGAUGGCGAUAGCGAGUCCAUCGGCUCACGAAUUGUGGGGAAAUUUCCGUUUCUGUACAGCGCUGCGCCCAGCGCCUAUAGCCCUUGGUUCUGCUCGAAACAUAGAUGGGAUCUUUAUCCGAAAGAGCGUAUUCAUAGAUCUUGUUUCUCAGCUCCGCUGGCAGUCUCCUGGUCAGGUCAGCUAGAUUGAUGUAGACGCGUAUCGUCGACAUACAUGAACGGAAAGACCUUGCGCCUUGGCAGGUUUUUUGGAGAUGGCCUGGCUUUCUUUUUCACUUGCACGUCGUAUUCCUCCUCUUCUUCGAUUGAGGACCAGUCAUCCUCCGAGUCAGCUGGGAUGUAUUUGAGCUGUGCACGCUUUCUCUUCGGAUAGCGAUCUGCAAUGAGUUCA